AAACCCACCCCGCCUCCCCCCCUUCCCCCCCGAGAUCCAUCUCCCGCUUGGAAAACACCCCCCUUUAUAACAAAAUAACCAAACCCCAACAAUUCAGGCAAUUCGCACAAUUCCUCCAGUCAAUACCGGGCGGUUCGGGGGUGUCCCUGCUGCGACCCGCCCUUUUUUUUUUUUUUUCCCCUAGGGGUUCCCCCCGCCCAAAUUCCCUUUUUCCAAGGUUUCCCCCCCACUUUUCCCAGCGUUUUUUCCCCGCUUUUUUCCCAGCGGCGCAUCCGGCGGGGAAUGGGAUGACGGGACCUUCCUGUUCCCGGCCCCGCGCUCGCCUCACGCCCGGGGGACGCCCCCGCCACGACCCCCCCGCACCCCGGAGCCCGACGGGACCCCCGGAGCCACCCCCGGAACCCUCCGGAACGCCCCCGGCCCCUCCCGCGCCGCGGAGCCGCCGAGGAGGCCCCAUGGAGCAGGACGAGCUGGACGUGGUGGAGCUGCAGGACUCGGACGAGGGGGACGUGGUCCGGAGGGUCUUCAUUGCUGAUGAUGGCAUCGUGAGUGACAGCGAGGCCGAGGUGCUGCCGCACGAGAUCAUCCGCACGGUGAUCCCGCACAGCCCCCUGCGCCCCCCGCCGCCCCGCGGGACCCCCGGCCCGGCCCCGGGGGGCUCCGAGGAGGGCGGGGGGCGGCGGGGCGGGGGCCGCCAGCGCCCCUUCAUCUGCAACGAGUGCGGCAAGAGCUUCAGCCACUGGUCCAAGCUGCUGCGGCACCAGCGCACACACACGGGCGAGCGGCCCAGCACCUGCGGCGAGUGCGGCAAGAGCUUCUCGCAGAACUCGCACCUGGUGCAGCACCGCCGCACCCACACCGGAGAGAAGCCGUACAGGUGCGGCCACUGCGGCAAGAGCUUCUCCUGGAGCUCCAACCUCAUCCAGCACCAGCGCAUUCACACCGGGGAGCGCCCGUAUGGCUGCGCCGAGUGCGGCAAGAGCUUUACGCAGAGCAAGAACCUCAUCAAGCACCAGCGCACCCACGCCGGGUCCGGGGCAGCGCGGCCGCGGCGCUGCGCCCACCCCGCCGGUGCCCCGAGGGCUCUGAAGGGGCCUCGGCCGGGGGGCGAGGGCGAGGGGCCCGCAGGGGCCGAGGGCGGCUGCGGGCAGGAGCCACUGAUCUGCGUGGAGUGUGGGGAGAGCUUCGCCCGGAGCGCCGCGCUCAGGAGGCACCGCCGGGGGCACCGCCCGCUCUUCGUGCCCUGAGGGGACAAUGCGGGGACAGUGCCCGCUCUUCGUGCCCUGAGGGAACAUGGGGACACUGCGGAGGGGGCACAGGAACAGUGGGGCACUGUCCUUGCACUGCUGGGGGCACCACCCGCUCUUCGUGCCCCGAGGGAACAUGGGGACACUGCGGAGGGGGCACAGGGAGAGUGGGGCACUGUCCUUGCACUGCUGGGGGCACCGCCCACUCUUUGUGCCCUGAGGGGCACGGGGACAGUGGCACCGGGACAUGGGGACACACGGAUAGUUGGGGCAUCAUCCGCUUUUCAUGCCCUGAGGGGACAUCGUGGUGGGGACACAAGGACUAUAAUGGAUAAUGCUCUGGCAGUGCCAGCAGUCGGAGACCUGUGGGGACACACAGACAGUGGGCCACAGGGACUGUGCUACAGACAGGAGACAUGGUGCCACCAUGUGAGGAGACACAGGGAGUGUUCCAUGGGCAGGACGUGGUGACAGAGCUGGGGUCACACGAGUUAUGCCACAGGUGAGGGAAUGUGACACCAAGCUGGGAGACUGUGAGGGGGCACCUGGACUGGAACAAGGACAGGACACAGUGACUCCAAGGAGGAGGAUACACAGGACAGAGUGACACAGAGCUGAUGUCCCCAAGCCUACCCCGCGCCCUGUGUCACCCUUGGUGCCCCUUGCUGUUCCGUGUCGGUACCACAUCCCAGAGCUGUAAAUAGGAGAAGGGACACGGGGAA